CAAAGCGAGAGCGCUACUACUGACCUACUAAAUAAACUUCUCCAGUAUAUCGUAUUUUCUCCCGUCUCUCGUGCUUUCAAGUUGUCAGUACCAACAUUAUGUCUUGUACAACAGUUAAUUUUGAACAUUCAAGACGUGUGUAUCGCAUUGGAAGAUAUUUUAUAUUACGAAUGUCAUUCGCGAAAUAUUUUGGAUACAGUGUUUCGGAUUGUGAAUAAAUACGACAAGAAGCAUUCUAAACGACAAUCGUUAUCAUAAUUGCUUCUAAGCCUAAUUAGUGAUCUGAAUCAUUGCAAGAAAUAUACACGUGCUCUAUUAUCCAUUGUAGUGGUUUGUGCAGUAUGAAAACGUUGGUUUGGGUAGUGUAUUAAGCUAUGUUUGUGCUGAGAAGGUGUGAAUAGAAAGCAAGAUUAUGUGAGAUGUUUAAAAUACGAAGAAAUGAAACGAAAAGGAGAAAGUUGAAAGUGUGCAUCUUCUUGCUCAACUGCCCUGAGUGGAUGUUGCAGUAACUUUUCAUUUCUACUGCAAACCAUGCCAAAAUCAGCUGUGUCUGGAAUCGUAAUUCUGGAACUCUAACAAGUAAAUUCUUGGUGUUUGGCAUAUAAAAUAUCGAAACCUGAAAUGUACAGAUAUUGGGAGAAGAAAUUAUUUUUUUUAUUUUACGAUUGUGACUAACGAUCGAUGAUAUGAACCAGCAAAAACGAGCAGAAGUGUUAUUGUUUCACUUUCUAAUUUUGGUGACGCUGAUACCAAUACUGACUACAAAUGGGCUAGGAUAUGAUUCGGCAUCAUCAUGCGAUCCAAAUGUUUCACGGAAAGGGCGUUCGGCACAAUUAAUUCAAACAAUUCCAUGUGAUUUAAGCAUUCAAGCUUAUUGCAAUCUUCCAGGAACAUCAUAUCCUUGGCAUGCUGUGCGUCGAUUUGUGCAUGAAAAUCAAGGCCUUAUGCGUAGAAUGUAUGGAGAUAUACGACACAUAUCUGUGCUGAAAGAAGAGAUUGAUGAUAAUGAAAUUUAUUUGGACGACAUUCAGCAUACCGCCGAAAAGUAUUCUCGCCUGAAUGCAGGAAAAAAAGUCAAACACCUAUAUUCUCCUCAUCAUGAGUAUAAUCGUGAGAAAGUGAAUGACAUCCUUACCGAGCCUCAUUUCAGACCAACGCAGAAAACUACAACAACUACUGCUGCGUCUACUACUACCACCGCUACUACUACCACUACUACUUCUGUUCCCCCUACUUCAAGCGCAAGUACAACGGAAACACAUACUGCCAAACCAUCAUCGAGUACACCAACAAUCACAAGUGCCAAAUUUGUUCCAAUAAAAACCACCAGCAAGCCAACAUUUUUAAAUAUCACAUUAAACAAUAUAAAAACAGAUACUACAGAAUCAACAGCAAAGCAGAACAAAACUAAAAUAGUAAUGAAUACAGUCAACGGAAGUUCAAUCGACAUCGAAAAACUUUCAACUAUAGCUAUCCUUGAAACAAAUGAAACUUUGCUUGGUAACUUGACGAUUACCGAGAGGCACGAAAAUAAAGUUUCAAAUCUAACGGUGCCCACUGAAAACAAUGAUAUUCCAGAUGAUGCAAGUACUCCAUCAUAUUCCACAACGGAAACUACGAAUAAUGGAGAUAAACCACCGGAGGAUGUUGUGGACACUUCAAAAGAAAAUAUGAUAAGUAAUAUGCCAGAGAGAAACACUACAACAAAAGAUUCUGUAAAAAACUCAAAACCAACGAGCGGGCAGCUUUUUCAAGAUGUUGCCCAAAAAGAGCAACCUCCGGUUGGAGUUAAGGGAGUUAACGCUUGUCCUGUAAAAGAAGAAGUCGUAGCUCCGUUUUGGGCCAAUAACACUAGAGGAGAGGUGCUUGCACUAUUGAAUCUUUAUCCUUUUGAGCAAUACGUACACUGGGAGAAAUGUGCUUAUGAAUUAAAGCAAAUGUACUGCAGAGAAGGAUGCCGUUGUGAACAACAGUACAGACUCCAUCGUCUAUUAGCGUACGAUCCGCACAACGAAUGUCGUGGUAUAUUCUCUGAUUGGUUUAGAUUUCCAUCUUGCUGUAUUUGCAAAUGUUACGACAUUCCGUUCGAUUUCCGUGUAACAUCAAGAAGCCCAAGGACAAUAAAUAAAGAAUCAAUACAAAUAGUGGAAGACGAGCUACAAAACGCUAUUUACGAUCACGCCGCCGACGAAUGGUAUCGACCAAAAAACAAUGAUGGUUUUUGAUAUUAAAGGAUUCAUGUAAUAAGUA